AUGCGGUAUUUGAUUAAUAUAUUAACUGGACUUCUGCUACUGCUUGUUCAUCGAGCUUUUUCAUGGGACACGCCACGGCCUGCCGUACCUGGACAGUUUCCAUUUCAAGUGUCAUUUGAGUGGCAUAAUUUGCCGAUUUCCCCCAUAAGACAUUUAUGUGGUGGUGCUAUUCUUACUGAAUUUUGGAUCAUCAGCUCAGGAUACUGUCUCACUCGCGUACAAGUUGGGAUACUUUACAUUAAACUCGGAAGGCAUGAUAUUGCUGCCGAUGAUGCGGCUGUGCAAACGCAUCAGAUUAUAAAGACUGUUGUUAAUCCGAAAUAUCCUGGGGCACAAGAGUUCAGAAGCUUCGUACCUCAUGAUCUUGCGUUGGUAAAAGUCGCACCGGUAAUAACCUUCAAUUCUCGUAUACAACCAUUGAAGUUACCAAAGAAGAACACUUUAUUUAAGAGUCAGAGAUUGGAAUAUAAUAUGGUGAUGAGUGGUUGGGGCUCGACAGCUUAUCUCAUCAUUGAAAAUCAUCCAACAGUACUAAUGACGGUGCAACUACCUAUUAUUUCGAACAAAGUUUGUGUCACAUCUCUUAAUCAAUUCUAUCACAAUAUGCACCUAGAUGAAACGCAGAUGUGUACUAGACCGAUUAACGGAGCAAUAUCCGCUUGCAUUGGUGAUUAUGGUGGACCAUUAAUUCAGUACAAUGCCGACAAUGUACCUAUUUUAAUAGGCAUUCAAUCAUGGGGUACGGCAAACUGCAACCAGAAUCAUGUUCCACCCGUUUAUACACGUGUUUCUUCUCAUAUAAAAUGGAUUAAAGAAACUUUAAAGGCAAAUGAAUAA